AUGGAUUAUGAUCGAGAUACUGAUGAUGACAUGAAAAUAGAGAGUGAUAGUGACGGUGAGAUUGACAAGAAAACCAUCCAGACAGUAAUCAUCUUGGCGGCUACUGCUAUUGCAAUAGCAGUGGAGAAGUAUUCAAAAAUGUUCCUUCAUAAAGAGCCUUACCGUAUUCAGAGACUCCGUGGCAUUACUGAGACACAACUAAUUAUUGAUGGUUCAGAGAGGACGUGUCGAAACUUGAUAAGAUUGAGCAAGAGGGCUUUUUCUAGCUUAUGUGACAUGCUGCGACAAAGGGGUCUACUGUAUGACAACAAAUUAGUGCAAGUAGAGGAACAAGUGGUGAUAUUUUUACACACAGUUGGCCAUAAUGUUAAGAACCGAGUAGUUUCACAUAUGUUUGGCCAUUCUGGGGAGACUAUAAGUCGAUACUUUAACAAGGUAUUGGAUGGAAUAAUGAAAUUAUACCCACUACUGCUCAAGCCUCCAAGUACAACAACGCAUAAGCGAAUCACAAGUAACGGUAGUAGAUUCUAUCCAUACUUCAAGGAUUGCGUUGGAGCCAUAGAUGGUUCACAUAUCCCAACAUGGGUUCAAGUAGAACAACAUCGUUCAUUUCGUGAUAGGCAUGGAUGUAUAUCCCAAAACAUCCUAGUCAGUGCAUGCGAUUUUGACAAGAAGUUUACAUAUAUACUUGCUGGUCAGGCAGAUCGGCAUACGAUUCUCGAAUAUUGGAUAAUGCCAUACACAGGUAGGAGAAGGAAGGUUAGCGGUACUCAAGACAAAUUCUAUCUUGUUGAUGCUGGGUUUCCUAAUCAGAAAGGAUUCUUGAGACCAUUCCGUAAUGUUCGAUAUCACGUGAAAGAGUGGAAAAACUCUAAUUUGGGGCCGCAAGAUAAGAAGGAGUUGUUUAAUUUACGACAUGCCUCUUUGCGUAAUUGCAUUGAAUGUGCGUUUGGUCUCUUGAAGAAAAGAUUCAAGAUAUUGAAAAAUCAGCCUGAAUAUCCUUUUAAGACACAAGUCAAGAUUGUGAAUGCUUGUGUUCUUCUUCAUAAUUUGUGUUUGACUGUAAAUAGUUAUGAGGAAGAGGAGUCAUUUUUCAAGCCGAGGAAGAAGAAGAAUCUACUUCCAACAAUGCUAGCAUAA